AUGGCUUUUCCGUCGCGACUGCCCCUAAGGGACAUUCCCUUCCGAUACCUACUCGACUUCUUCUCGGCGAUUCAGUCCUUAGCCGUUAUCCUGGACAACUCUGAUGAGAGUGUUGGCAGAGAGGUUCUCCGUGCACUAGGCUUAAUAGAGAAUCAGAGAAACUAUCUGUAUGACAUAUACAGACGACCAAUCUAUGAAGCAUUGAUAUCACAUCGCGACUGGAAGGGAACUGUUCAAGAUCUCUACAGGGUUCUGAGCUCGACUAGUCAGACGCAGGCUUUACAGACAUUGUACACCUUUCUCCGUGAGAACCUGAAUGACCGUCAGCGUAUACCAGAAGGAGCAACAAAGGCGAACUGGGCGAUCUUACUGAAUUCAACGCAGUAUAGGAUCUCCCCUGAGAUUUCUUGGCCCCUAGUUUUCAUGAGAACAUACAUCUUUCCUACCUGUAGCCGCGUGCAGAAGAUUGUUUACAUGGUGUUCCCGUUCAGCACGGCUUAUGCGUCUGACAUGUACCAGUCUAUAAGCAACCUGAUGAACAACGUGAUUAUCUUCGCUUGGUUCCUGACCAUAGCACAGAACGCAAUAACCAUCUACCAGGAGGGACGUCUCCAAUACUCGGUCACAAUCUUCAUCUCUGUCUCUCUCUGGACCAAGCUUUACCUCGUGAACGAACCUUUGAAUCAACUAAGAGAAUUGUUUCCAUUGGGAAACGAUGAGCAAACACUCCGAAGGGCCGACUUCCUCUAUAAGGAGAUACGAAUCGCACUGCUCUUUGUGUUCUUCUUCAAGCUGGCUCUUGCUAUGUUCGGUUGUGCCUUGUUCUACGCCUUCCCAGAUUUCCUCCUUGAAGAUCUUCAAAGCAAGACGACUCAGUUCGCCUUGUUUCUGUUCGUCUUUGAGUUGGCCCAUAAUGCAUUCUAUUUGUUUACAUUCUAUAGGGACUCUAAUAUUUUCCGUAUCAUAAAUGAUUUGUUUCCUAUGUAGGAAAUAUUCAAGUCGCACAUUCAUGGCUGAAAUACAGUGUGUACAAGUAUGCACAUUUAGGUGUUUGCCUUACAUAGCGAAUCUCCAAAGACCUUUGAUUUUUUUUUUUGCUCCUGACAUUACGUGAUGAAUGGCGUUAGUAAACUUUGAAUAUGAUGCAUGGUCAUUCAUCUAACAACAUGACACCUAUGAUGGUUUUGUCAAUCCAAUCCCUGGAAAGAAUUUCGGUUGGGUUUCGACCUCGUCACAUUAAAUGACUUUAAAUCAAUGAUAUGCCGCGGCUAUCUAUCUAGGCCGAAUUUUGUUGGGGUCUCCUUUAAUGUCAAAUUCAAUAAUACAAUAUUUAUCUCUCUUUAAUUUCUCCAAAGCAUCUCUUUAAAAAAGCAUAAUUGAUUUUAAAAUGCAAUAUGUCAAAUUUUGGUCACAUUGCAAGACAUUAAUUGCUAUUUGUAUUCUUUGGUCCUUUAUUGGA